CCGGCGCCUUAACUUGAACUUUGCGUUCAAUGAGCGCAACGUGUAGAUAAGCGAUAGGAUUUGGUAAUAUCCCCGGAGGAGCCCCCAAGUCGUUAACAAACAGUCCCCACGCCUCCUCCUGUUGAUUUGCUCCCUCUGUUAAGCUGACACUGUCUUGCUUCAACAACAAACGGGUGUGUUAGCACUUCAGGCGCGGGACAGCAUGACUGGCGGACUCAAGGACUGCGAAACUGACGAGGAAUUUCUGCACUCGCCGUUCAUCAGAAAACAAGGGAACAUUUAUAAACCUAAUAACAAAGACAUGGAUAAUGACAGUAUGAGCGGGAUGAAGACGAUGCAGGAUGUCCAUACAAAAGAGAUCGACCUGGUGAACCGGGACCCCAAGCACAUAAACGACGACGUUGUAAAGGUGGACUUUGAGGAUGUGAUCGCAGAGCCUGCGGGCACGUACAGCUUCGACGGCGUGUGGAAGGCUAGCUUCACCACCUUCACAGUGACCAAGUACUGGUGCUACCGUCUCCUCACUGCCCUGGUGGGCAUCCCGCUGGCGCUGGUCUGGGGCAUCUUCUUCGCCAUCCUGUCCUUCAUCCACAUCUGGGCGGUGGUGCCAUGUGUCAAGAGCUAUCUGAUCGAGAUCCACUGUGUCAGCCGCGUCUACUCCAUCUGCGUCCACACAUUCUGCGACCCGCUGUUCGAAGCCAUGGGCAAGUGCUUCAGCAGCAUCCGCAUCAGCACCACCAAGGGGGUAUAGAAAAGACGAGGAAGUGAGGAAGAAGAGGAAGAGGAAGGGAGGAAGGGAAUAAGGAGGGGCGGUGUGGAAACCAUAACUAACACAGAUUGAAAAGGGGGGUGAAGUCACCAGAAGAAAAAGAAAAGAGAGGGAACAACUUCUGCUAAAAGAAGAAGUGAGACAUUUCCAGUGCUGUGCCAGGGAUGUUGGAGGUAAGGGGACCAAGUAAUAGAGAGCAUCUGGCCCGGCUUCUCUUUCUUCCUCGACAACAAUGGUUUCUCUCUCCAGUGCUGGUUUAACCAACAGGGGCACAGGAUUACAUCGAGGGUCAUUCCUAGGGCUCUUUGUUUUUCUGUUUGUUUUUCUUUCGUUUUUUAUUCUGUAUUUGUUAGCGUUGUUUAUCACUGCAAGAGCAUCACCCAACCCCCCCCCCCCCAUCCAUUCCUUCCAUUGUUACAAAAUGUUGUGUGACCCUCUGAUUAUAGCUUGUUUAAUAGGGGGUAUUGAUUGAAUGACUGGUAAGUUAAUUGAUUCAUUGAUAGGCUGAUAUAAUAGAUGGUGGUGUCCACUCUGCUGGGUUUGUGUGUUUGUGGCCUGUUUUGGGGGAGGGGGAUGGUUUGGGUGGGAUGGAUGGAGGGAGAGAGGGGGGGUUAUCCCUGUGCCUGUCCCGCUGCGCUGUUUUGAGAGACAAAUCCCACCUGACACAGCACAAAAUCCUAUACCCAAAACCUUAUCAACGCCCCUCCCUCUCAGCCCCCCUACCCCCACUGACCC